AUGGGCGGCCAAAGCAGAGAAGGCGGCAAGGUCAAGCCCUUGAAGGCUGCGAAGAAGGAUAAGAAGGAACUCGAUGACGAGGAUCUUGCUUUCAAGGAGAGACAGAGAGCCGAGGCCAAGGCCAAGAAGGAUCUGAUGGACAAGGCUAAGGGCAAGGGUCCAUUGAACACGGGUGCGCAAGGCAUCAAGAAGUCAGGAAAGAAAUAA